UCAGGCUCAGGUCAGAAGAGGUGAGGAAGAGGUCCAGGAGGCGGCGGUGACAAGUGAACGAAGGGCGCGUGGUAGAGAACCAUAAUUUCCAGCUCUGGACCCAGUCUGCAGUUGCGGCGGACCUUGAAGUACAACACCCGGUUUAAAGCGCUGCAAAUAAGCGGCAAUCAUGGCGCGGAAUGAGGAGAAGGCGCAGGCGAUGCUCAAUCGUUUUCUGGAGGCCAAGCGAGAAGAAAAUGCAAAGCCAAAAGAAAAGCGACCCUUCUUAGCAAGCGAAGUGUCGGAUGUGCCUACGGCCGAGCGGUGGCGCAAUCAGAUUCUGAAGGAGAUUGGAAGGAAGGUUUCAGAAAUCCAGAAUCCAGCUUUGGGGGAGCAUCGGUUGCGGGACUUGAAUGACGAAAUCAACAAGCUGAUCAGAGAAAAGGGUCACUGGGAGGCAAGAAUUCUGGAACUCGGCGGGCCAGACUAUGCCAAAACAGGUCCAAAGAUUACGGACUCGGAUGGGAAUGAGGUGGACGCAGCCACGGGGAAGGGUGUGGGGUACAAAUAUUUUGGGGCAGCCAAGACGUUGCCGGGGGUGCGGGAGUUGUUUGACAAGCCGCCAGAGCCCAAGAAACGCAGAUCAAGGUAUGAGAUGUUCAAGCGCAUCGAUGCGGACUACUACGGCUACCGGGAUGACGAGGAUGGCAUCUUGGUGCAACUAGAGGCGGAAGCAGAGAAGGCGGCACGGGAGGCGGCCAUCCGGGAGUGGGAGCGGGUGGAGGCCAUCAAGCAGGAGGCCAAGCGGAGCGUUAAGAGCGGGGAGGUGGUCACAGUGCAGCCGGUGCACGCAAGCGAGGAGGCAGACAAGGACUUGGAAGAGUUGUUGCGUGAGGAUGGGCCGGGGGUUUCCUUGGAGGAGCCUGCGAGGAGGGAGUUUGUGGCGCAUGUUCCUCUCCCUGAUGAAAAGGAGAUUGAGCGGAUGGUUCUAGAAAGGAAGAAGCAGGAGCUUCUGAGUAAGUAUGCCAGUGAGGCGCUCAUCAAAGAAGAGACGGAAGCGAAAGCACUCUUGAAUAUUCAGAGGUAGCGGCCACUAUGUCAUAAGCGGAUUUGGGAAGGACAGUUGAAGAUAACUCAUGUAGGCAUAGCUUGCAGGGUCAUGGGCUAGGCCAUGAUUGAAAUUAGCCAUGGAAUGCAAAAGAGGGUGUUGAACCACCCUCUGCUGUCCUAUAACUCACCAAUCAGGUUGCAAGGUGGAUACUGCCACUUUGAUUAGUUCCAAAUGAAACAAUUGGUCACAGAUGGUUGAGGUCAUAGAUGCAAGCAUGCAAUGAAUUAAGCCACAGCGGCUUUUUUGGGGUAUCUUGUGAGACUGGCAGCACGAUAAAAAGAUUUGACGUUGUUGAAACAUGCAUCAGGUUGUCGUAAAUCACCAUGUG